AGAAUAAAAGAAAUCAAAAUCGCAUACUAUGCAGUUUGAACUAUAGGCUAUAAGAUAUUCGCUACUAUGGUUGCCUCUUUUAUUUGGUUUUAGAAGAGGAACAUCCUGAAUCAUAACGCUACUAUUCAUCAUGACCUGAUGCAGCAGACCAGAUGAUUUAACCGCAUUUGUGAUUUUAAUCCUGUAAUCUUCUAGUAAUUAUUAUGACGCAAUAAAUCCCAUUGUCUUCGCAAAUCUGUUUUUUUCAUGUUUGAUCCAAUAUAUGGUGAAACCAAUUAAAGCUAGUGUGAAGCAUACCAAAAUGCCAAACAGUACCGAAAUAGUUCAACCAGUGGUGAAUAAUCAGGAAGAAAGUUCUUUAGUGCAUGAAAGUAUCAAAGAAGAAGACGAAGAAGAGCAGGAACAACGUGAAGAAGAAACCCCCAUUGAAAAUGCAACAGUUGGUGAACAAACGGAUUCUGACGCAUACGAUACAGACUUGGAUGUUGAAGAUGACAUGCCCAAAGCUUACACCAGCAUGACAGGAAAAGACAUCUAUCUCAGGUCAUGUGAACAACUCGGUGUAGUGCCAGCAUCAUAUUUUCUAGCUCAUAUGAAUAAUCCCUCACUAAAUAUGAGCCAUCAUGGACUGGGACCAAGAGGUGCAAAAGCCAUUUCUCCUCCAUUGGUUGUCAACACUUCAAUAACAGAUCUGAAUAUUGAAGAUAACUGGAUAACGGCAGAUGGCACCAAAGAUUUAGCCGACAUGCUUCUCGAAAAUUGCUAUAUUGCAGACUUGAAUAUGUCUCAAAAUAAGCUUGGAAGCAAGGGGGCAGAAUACAUGUGUGAUAUGUUAAUGGAAAACACGACACUGCGAUCAGUUAAUCUAUCAGCAAAUGAUUUCAAAGAUAAAGAUGCAAUGUACUUUGCUGAUGCUUUUCGAGCAAACUUCAAAUUAAAGGAAUUUGAUUUGAGCAAAAAUGCUUUCUGUGAGUUGGGUGGAGAAUGGCUUGGGCAAGGUAUUGCUGCUAACGAGUCUAUCGAAUAUCUAAAUUUGAGUUGGAAUCACUUAAGAUUGAAGGGUGCGUUAGCAGUUUGUGCAGGCAUGAAAAUCAAUAUUACAAUUAAAAAACUGGAUCUUUCAUGGAACGGAUUUGCGAAUGAUGGAGCAGCAGCUAUGGCGGAAGCUUUGAAAACAAACAACACUCUCACUUGGUUGGAUUUGAGUCACAACAGGAUAACAGGAGAAGGUGCUCGUUUGCUCGCCAAAGGUCUAAGUGUAAAUGACACAUUAAGGACACUGAAGAUUGGAAACAAUCCGAUUGACGCAGAUGGGGCAUUGGCAUUACUUCGGGCUAUAGCUGAUAAUGAAAAAUCGGCAAUGGAAGAUUUAGACUUGACGGGCGUCAGCGUUAACGAAGAGUUCAAAUUGCUUGCUCAAGAACUUGCCCAACGUAGCCGUGGAAGUAGCAGCAGACACAGCUUCAGAUAUAAUAUAAACAGAACAGAAGAUCUCAGAACGGACUUUGAUAGCUGUGGCAUGGACGCGGAUCCUAUGGAUGUCUUGCAAGAUUUUUUGGAGAAAAAAAGAUUACGUUUGAUCGAUCUUUUCCGAAAUUUCGACAAAGACUUGAGUUGGAAGAUUUCACCAAAAGAGUUUAAAAAUGGGAUUAAGAAUGCCGGAAUAAGAAUGGGUAAUCAGCAAAUGCGCCAACUCAUGUCGAAUUUGGAUUAUGAUGUUGAUGGACAAAUCAAUUACAAAGAGCUGUUGAGUGGCCGAAAAGAGGUUCUGUUGCGUAAACGGGAAGAUCGUAAGAAGAAAGAAUGGAUGGAAAAGUUGAAGAGAGCAGAACAAGAACGUUUCCUGGACGCUUGGAACUCCGCCAUCAAAAAAGCGACUUCCCCGACACCGAGCCCGAGAGGUUCCCCAUCAGGGUCGCCGCAGGUCAGCCGACCAUCUUCUGCACGGGGAAGUCGACCAACCUCACCUCGCAGCACUAGAGAAGAUACUCCGAGAUUCAUUUCUGGAAAUAUGUUGGUAGCAACGCCAGUAAGUUCCAAUGAAGAAGCGCUGUCGUCAAAUUUCAAACCAACCUCCCCGGAAACCAAGCGGUCGCCUAGAAAGAAUUCUAAUCCAUUCAAAUUGGAGAGUUCAAAACGGCCUUUGUCAUCAAGUCUAUCUAUGCCAGUGAAAUAUAACGUUAAACCGGCGACCAGCAGAACCAACCGGUAAGCAUAUCAAAGGAAACCAUGCUCUACAUGACUGUUAUCAAACCAAGCAUCUUGGUAUAUAACCAGACGCCAGUCAGAACACCAACAUCACCAAUGUCUCCCUGCUUGAAUAUGACAUGUAUUAUAUUUAAUCGAACAAUAAAUAUUCACCUUGGAAUCUAUUCUCAACUAAUAAUUUUCUAUUUUAAUAGCAUCCACAAAUUUUAGCACUCGCUGACAUUUUCACCCAUGAAUAUUUGAACCAAGAAUAUUUGCACCAAAGCAUAUAAACCCACGUCCAUUUGCCACCACAAACAUUUGUAUCCGCGUAUAUUUACAUCCAUGUACAUUUGCACCGAUGUUCAUUUGUCAGCUCAAUUUUCUCGUCUGUUUUUGUGUUUACCUCGGGAAUGUUGAAUAAAAAAGCCGAGUCACAUAGCGAACCAUAGCCGUUCAUCCAGUUACCGUUCCAUGUCCUUAAAAUAAGCCAGCCAGUUAAUUGAAUUGAAAUAGUAAAAAAGAAGUUGGAGAAUUAUAAACCACAUUGGUUUAGCAAAACUGCCCCCGCGAACCAAAAUAUGUUAUGUAUUUGUUUUCAUCGUGUUUUUGCUCUAGCAAACUUUUUUGUUUGUUUCAUUUAAAUGUGUUUUUUAUGAAUUUUGUGCAAAAAUAUAUAUAGCUAAUGGCCGAGUUCUGAAGUAAUUUAUUUUAAAAAAGCGUAUUUUUUACUUAUUUAUUUGAUUAUUAGUUAACACUUGAAACGUCAAGCCAACCAAUCGUUUGCUGUGCCACACGUGCGGUUGACCAAGUGUGGAAGAAGCGAUAGCUUAGUAUAAACAAUCUUGAGUUUGUUUUAAAAAAACGUGAAUAAUUAAAAACUAUAUAUAUAUAUAUAAAAUAAAUGCACGGAAGAGACGGGAAAAUAAAAUUAGAUAGAAGUUCAUGCCACCCUGUUUCCAAAUUUUAAUAAUAUUUGAUGUUUCUACAAAUUUUCUACUCAUUUCUAUGUUUGAAUAAUACCAGCUUAUAUGGAGUCUGUUUCUGAGCAACAAUAUCUUUCAAAUGUAUUCAUCAGUUUUCUGCAUAUGCCCAUCCUGAGCCUUGCUUUGAUCUAAAAUAUACAUUUUGAAGUUUAGUAUUUUGUGUUACCAUUGUUAUGCUCGAGGUACUAAGUCUGUAUUUGGUUAUCUAGGUCAAAGAGAAUUGACAACAUAUGUGAAGACCUGAAUUAGACAAAACAAAUUUUGAUUGCUCUAAGGCUGUUCAUGUUAUAUAUAUUUUUUCUACAAAAGUCGGUUUUGGGGAAAUCCUUCCC